AUGGCGCAUGGCGUGUACGAAAUUAUGGAAACUUCACCUGGGAGAGGGGCGGAAGUCGACCAUAAUGCCCAAAGCCAAGCCCAGCGUGUUACUUGCAGAUUCCCGGAGGAACUGCGAACCCAGCAACUCCUCCAGCUCAAGAUCGCAGGAAGUUUUAAGACACUGAGUUCGAACAGGACGAAACAUCCUCCUAACCGCUUUCUGAGAGAAGAGUUCAAGGGGGGGGUCAAGCGUUUUUCAUUCACUAAUCGCCAGGGGCUCCGACAACCAGCCAUAAUCCAGAUUGAAACUCGCCCUUUCGCAACCACCGAAGCUUCGGAGGAUAGGCUGGAUUAUAGGACUCAACAUUAUUGCGUUGAGUUAUCGAAUUCCUCGUUAAAGAAGAGUCGAGAUCUCAGCCACAGCAUAGCCUUUGAGCCUGACACGGGGAAGCCUCAACAACAGGACGCAGUGGUUACGCCAAAUUCGAGGCUGACGACCUUAGGUUCACUGUCUGGCUUGCCCAGCCCUGGCAAGGGGGAGCAGAUAAGGAUCAUACACGGCCAAACCCUGCGAGAUCGUCACCGAGGAGAGUGA